AUGGGAACAAACCAAAGAUCUCAUGGCAAGAGUAAUCUAAGAUCAUCCUCCAAAAAGGGUUCUGAGGUUAGCUUAGGAGGUUCCAUCCUAGGUUUUGUGACACAAGGAUGUUUAGGUACAAGGAAUAUCAAAAGGAGAAACAGUAGAACUCUUCAUUCACAAGACAUUACCAAGCAUCAUGAAAGGCUAAACCACAGUCACAACAAGGGAUUAAAGCCGCCCUCGACUCUACAAGAAUGGAUCAUUCAAUCACCCGGCAUACAUCAUGGAAGUUUCGAAGGUGAUCCAUUGAUACUCCAGGUUUCUAAACCAGUUUCCAAAAGGGUUCAUCCAUCACUCGGUAGGAGUGUCAGAAAUCGUCAAUCUAAACCUCAAGAGGGCCGCAAAUUGAAGAGAAACCCUGCAAAAUUGAGUGAUGCCAGAAGUGGAGAAAAUGGCGAUUCUUUCACAUUCUCCAGAAGUGUGACAACUAGCAAAAGCGGGAAAUUGAGGAAGAAAGUAAGUUUUAAAGAACCAGAAGUGGCUGAUGUAUUCAUAUUGAAGAAUUCACCUGAGUGA